AUGAAAGACGAUGGCAACUUUGCCCAUCGCAACAUCCGCCAUAUCUGCGCCGCCCAAACCCGUGUAUUUCUCCAACGGGCAGGCUCUUCAGAGCACGACCCUCCCAGCCCCCCGUUCUCAGUGCGCGUCAGCCGCUUCUUCGAGAGCGCUUAUCUCUUCGUCGGCUUGUACUUUGUCAGCCUGUUCUCGGUAGGUCGCUCUUCGAUCCCUACGGCGCCGCCCAGAACUCGCAGUUUAACAUCCACCAACCUCGCUCUGUCUCUAGUUCUCGUCCCCGUUGGGGCUGGGGCUCAGGAUCUUCUGGUGGCGGCGGUGGAGGUGGAGGAGGAGGCGGUCCGGGUCCGGGUCCGGGCAGACGUAUUGGGCGAGUCGAUGAUGUUCGGGGCCCAGAGUGUGGCAGCUGCAAAUGAAGCGAUGGAUAAGACACCAAAACUUACGGAUGUUGCGGGUGAAUAUUGGGAGCAGUCGCUUGAGAUCAAGGCAUGGUUGUGA